UACAUAAGGUACCUAUCCUUUCAAGACCCGUAUCCGGGAAUUGGCAGCAUCAUCCAAGCGUAGAGCAUCCUAUCCGGCAAAGCCUACCAUAUCGGGUUAAUUGGACGCCAGCAUGCCAACCAUUGUCGUCCUUGGCGCUGGUGUAAGCGGCCUCACCACCGCGCUGCUGCUGGCAAAGCAGAAGGGCAACGUCGUGACAGUGGUUGCAAAGCAUAUGCCCGGCGACUAUGACGCCGAAUACACUUCGCCAUGGGCGGGCGCAAACGUGCUUCCGAUGGCCCUCGAACACGACAGCAGGUGGGAACGACGUACCUGGCCGGAACUGCGACGGCUGGCGGCCGAAGUCCCGGAAGCCGGCCUGCACGUCCAGACCGCCCGCGUCCUCCGCCGCGAAAAGGACGUCGCCAAGGGGUUCAAAGCAGCCCUUGCCGACGGCCUGUUCCAACUCUCACCCUGGUACCGAGAAGUGAUGGACAACUUCCGCGAGCUUCCCGCCAGCGAACUGCCCAAGGGCAUGCACUCCGGGUGCGAGUUCACGUCGGUGUGCAUCAACACGGCCAUCUACCUGCCCUGGCUGGUCGGACAGUGCGCCAAGCACGGCGUGCACUUCAAGCGGGCCGUGCUCAAGCACAUCUCGGAGGCGACGACUCUGAGCCACACCGGCCGCCGGGCCGACAUCAUCGUCAACGCGUCCGGACUGCUGGCGUGCAGGCUGGGCGGGGUCAUGGACACGAAGGUGUACCCCGCCCGGGGCCAGAUCGUGCUGGUGCGCAACGAGGCCAAGUCCGUCAUGCCGACGACCAGCGGGUGCGACGACGGGGAUGAUGAGAUUGUGUAUGUCAUGCAGCGGGCGCUGGGGGGCGGGACUAUCCUCGGCGGGACCUACACGAAGGGCAACUGGGAUGCGAACCCGGAUCCGAACAUCGCGAUGCGCAUUAUGCGGCGGGCGGUGGAGACGCACCCGGAGUUGACGGGCGGGAAGGGGGUAGAGGCGCUGGACAUCAUUCGCCACGGUGUUGGCUUGCGUCCGGUGCGGGAGGGUGGUGUGCGGAUUGAGAAGGAAGUGAUUGGCGGGACGUGGGUGGUGCACAAUUACGGGCAUGCGGGUUGGGGUUACCAGGGGAGUUAUGGAUGCGCCGAGAGGGUGCUAGAGCUGGUGGACGAAAUCGUUGGGAAGACGAAGCGUGAGGCGAAGCUCUAGACCACGCCAAUAUAUCAGAACCAUCAACCAAAUAGUUGAGGUUGAGAAUGUGCCACAUCUCGACCAGAUGAGCUUGUGUUGGUGUAAAUUGGGUAGUGGUAAGCCAAGUCGCCACCUGCUGGCAACUGGCGGAUUCAAGCUGGCUAUGCGGGUUUCGCUUCUGCCAGCUCCGAAG